GAAAAUUCAUUGAUUGCGUUUCUAGUUUUGUUAGAACAGAUCAUAGACGAAGAGACAAAAUAAGACCCGCAUAUAAGUUGAUACCCAAAACAUAGGAACAGUCAAUUGUUCUGGAGAGAGAGAAAUACACAGCUAACAACUGGGGCAAAGCAAACACCAUUAAAUUAAACAAAUCAAAUCAAAUCAUCAGCGGCAGCAGCAAUAGUAGCUUAUAUGUUAUUACAACUCGAUCAAUAGUGCAAUUAUUUAUUUUUGAUUGUCCUUUACAGCGUUUCAUUCCUUCGUUUGGUUGCUUUUCUUCUUGUUACUCACGUUUCUCUCCCCUCUAUUUUAUCGUGACGUUUUGACCGGUACAAUCUCCAUCACCUUCUUCUUCUUCUAUCAGUUUCUGUUUCUCAGAUGAUGGUGGGUUCAGUUGAAUAGUACUUCUCUGGUCCAAAAAAUAUGUUCAAUUCUAUGGAAGUUUGGUUGAAGAUUGUUUAUGUUAUCUUUUCUUUUUGUUCUGCUUUAGUUCUGGGUGCUAUCAAAGGUGUAUUAGUAGGUCCAUUUGCAAGUUUAAUCUUAAUACUUGGAAAUGGUGGAGUGAUUCUUGGUCUCUUUCCUGCUCAAGUUUAUUGGACUGUCUAUACGCUUACCCAGACUAAUCGGUUAGAUGUACCUCUCAAAGUGGCUUUCUUGCUUACGUUACCGGCAUUAUUUGGGUUAUGGUUAGCUCUUGGAAUUGCCGGUACUGUAAUUGUGGGAUUGGGAUAUGGUUUUUUCACACCUUGGGUAUCAACUUUUGAGGCCUUCAGACAAGACAGUGAAUCAAGGAAAUAUUUUCACUGCUUAGUGGAUGGAACUUGGGGUACUGUCAAAGGGAGUUGCACAGUUGUCAGAGAUUUUGCUGAUAUGUGUUAUCAUACAUACCCACUUUACUUGAAGGAGUUGAGGGAAGCAUCUAUUUCAGACGAACAUCAAACUCUGAGGUCAGUACAUGUUCCCGCAUGUAUCAUCGUGGGGUUGAUGGGACUCAUCAUAGAGAUUCCUCUUUAUACCAUCAUUGCAGUGAUAAAGAGUCCGUACCUGCUUAUCAUGGGCUGGUAUAGGUUGCUACAUGACCUAGUAAGCCGAGAAGGCCCCUUCCUUGAAACAGCUUGUAUACCUAUUGCCGGUUUAGCAAUCCUUCUGUGGCCACUUAUUGUUGUUGGGAGCAUCUUAUUGUCUGUUUUCUCAAGCAUCUUCAUUGGGUUGUAUGGAGCAAUUAUUGUAUAUCAGGAAAGAUCUUUCAGGAGAGGUUUAGCUUAUAUAGUUGCCAUGGUUGCGGAAUUCGACGAGUACACAAAUGAUUUGCUUUACCUAAGAGAAGGGUCCAUAUUUCCAAAGCCCCGGUACAGGUCGAAAAAGUCCUCUCACGCAGGAGAUUUUUCCGUCGGAAGUAGCCGUCCUGGCAAGUUCAUUGCUGUUACAGAAGCACCUGCAAUGCUUAUUGCAAAUUUAGCACCAUCGAGAUCCGUUAGGGAGACAAUACAAGAAGUAAAAAUGGUGCAGAUAUGGGAACACAUUAUGAGGUCUUGUGUACUGAGGGGAAAGGAACUGGUGGAUGCUAACAUUAUAUUGCCAGCUGACCUUGAUGAAUGGUCCAGGGUGAAGGGCAGUAUUGAUAUCACCCUUGUCGGUGUUGGCCUUCCUAGCUAUUCAUUAAUGCGGACUCUCCUGGACUCUAUCGCAGCUGGAGCAGGAGGUUUGUUAAUGCUUGACGGCAUCGAAGUCAACCAUCUAAAUGUUCCCCAAGACAGACUACUGGAAUGGUUUUUUUCUCCUAUUUUAGUUUUGAAGGAGCAGAUUAAGGUUAUAAAUCUCUCAGAAGGGGAGUUAAGGUUUUUGGAGAAGGUUGUUCUUUUUGGUACUGAUACUCGGCGUAUGGAAACUUGGGACAACGGCAGUAUUGUUCCCGAGGAUGCUCUAAGGACUGCUCAAAUUCAAGGUAUCAGCAGAAGGCUGAUGGGAAUGACGAGAAGUUUAUCAAAGUUUCCAACCUAUAGAAGAAGAUUCAGCCGUGUAGUGAAAACUUUGGUCGCUUAUUCUUUAGAGAAGAGCAGUUCAAUAGGAUCCAUGUCUCCGAGAUCAGCUGCUUCCAUAGAGCUUGUAUAGGGUGAAAGCAUACUCAGAUAAUUUUGUGCAUAUUCUUACAAAUGGUCCGUCUUUUUGGGGUCUCCUCUAUAUGAUUGUAAGGAGGGGGGAAGAUAUCCUUCCAUUACCCUUGUAAUUUCAGUUCGAUCAGAAAAAUUAGCCUUGUAAUUUCAUAGUCAGAGUAAAGCUUUUGUUUUCGGAAA